ACAAUUUAAUUCUCUAAUGAAUAACAAAAAUUUUACCCUAGAUCUUUUUAUCAAAGACUUUAUCUACUUUUUAAAUGCAUGUGCGAACCACCGCUCCAUUCUUUGGUCCUUCCCGACCCGUCAUAUCCCGCCUUUUUAAUUAAUAUUUCAACUUACGUGAAAUUUAGUGCAAUGUUACUGAAUUCUGCACCUCGUUAUCGUUAUAACGAAGCUAAUUAUAGCUUAAUAAACAAAGAUAUUGCUAGUAUUGACUGGCACAAUAUAUUACGGAGUUUGCCCAUCGAGGAUGCUGUUAAUAUUUUUUAUGAAUCUAUCUAUAAAAGAACGUGUACCCGUACGUCCCAAUAAAAGUAAUGACUUUCCUAUUUGGUUCACAAAGCCAUUAUUACAUGUUUUUAAAAAUAAAAGCAAGGCGUGGAUAAGGUGGAAAAAAUACCAGAAUAUUUCUGACUAUGAAACAUUUUCCUUGUAUCGUCAAAGAUUUAUGAUGUCGAAAGUACCUAGACACAUAUAUAUUAAUUCUGUAGAGGUGGGAAUGCGUGAUGAUAUUCGAAAAUUUUGGUCUUAUGUAAAUAACCGUAAGUCAAGGAAUGGCAUACCUCAAGAAAUAACAUAUCUGAAUUGAAUUCUAGAACAAAUAACCCAAACGGCGCAUGUGAGUUAUUUUCACGAUUUUUUAGUUCCGUUUACGAAUCAUCUGAUCGCUGUGAUGCCGAUGAUAAAAUGUCUUUUGAUCAAAUAGAUAGCGGUGAUACGAUAUCACAUAUAUAUUUACCAAUUGAUGUAAUAGUAUCUGUCAUUAAGUCAAUAGAUAGCACCAAAGGUGCUGGACCCUUCGAGCUCUAAAGCCGCUAGAAAUUGAGUCAGUCAUAGACAUCUAUGGUACGUAGCCUAGAAUAAAUAUGUCAACUGUCAGUGUCAAUGGUGAGUCCAAUCCAACUGUCAAACAUCUUCAUUUGGUUAGAACUUGAUACAAAAAAAAUUGGUUUUUAUCAGUUUUGCUCGGUAAUUCCAACUGACAUUUUUGCGCGGGAAGAAGAUAGAAAUUGUAAUGAAAGUGAACACUGCGAUUUUCAAUUAAAUAAAAAUGACUGAUACACUUUGUCACUUAGUUGUGGACGGAAACGAUGUACUGGAUUUUAAAUUGGUAAGGGGAAUUGCAGAUUUGGAAAAUGACGAAAGCAGUUUUGGUCCCGAGAUGUGUCAUCAAGUAUUUGGGGAAAAUGAAAAUAUAUUUGGCUAUACAGACUUACGGAUACACCUUUAUUAUAGUGCAGGGAGUUUACAAACCUAUUUAGGAAUUGAAUACAUGGACAAGAUUGAACCUAGUAAGUCUGAAGGAAUGAAGGCAGAUGAUGUUGAGGGUGCAUUAACAAAAGUUUUGGCACCUGGCUAUGUGACCAAUUUGGAUCACUUUGUCUCCAUGCUAGAAAAGGACAAAUCAUUCACUCCACAUGGCCGCCUCCUACAUGCCUUUACAGUCACUCCAAAGGAAGGUGGUGAUAAGAGAACAUUUGAAGUGUAUUUCUGUGAAACAUCUACUCCUGGAUUCUUGGCGUUUCAUGAACGUCUGCAAACAUUCCUUCUUUGGUAUGUGGAUGCUGCCUCUUUCAUUGAUGUAGAUGAUGAUCAGUGGACCUUUUUCACAGUUUUCGAGAAGUACCAGUCGAGCGAAGGCAACACCUGUUACGCGACGGCCGCGUACGCGACCGUGUACCGCUACUACGCGUACCCGCGUCACUCGCGCCCGCGCAUCUCACAGGUGCUCACGUUACCGCCCUUCCGGAAACUGGGGCUCUGCGCGAACCUACUGCAGGCCAUAUAUUCAUACUUCACGAUAUUACCUGAUGUGGUGGAUAUAACUGUUGAAGACCCAUCACAAGACUUUCAAAGGAUAAGAGAUUAUGUGGACGCCAAGAAUUGUGAAUCAUUACCUGCUUUUGAACCUGCAAAACUCAUUCAAGGUUUUUCCUCGGAAAUGGCAAAUCAAGCGUGUGCCAAAUUCAAGAUCAACAAGAAGCAAGCACGGAGAGUAUACGAAAUUUUAAGAUUAAAAAAUACAAACACAUCUGAUAAGACUGCCUAUCUCAAUUAUCGACUUGACGUUAAGAAUCGCCUCAAUGCACCUUUCCAGAAGAAGAAAUUGGAAAUGAAGAAGCUGCAAAAAGUUUUGAAGCCUGAGGAAUUCGCCGCGACCGCUAGUGCUAGUGGCGCGCACGAAACGCAGGGCCGGCUCGCCGCUCAGUACGCCGCGUUGGAACUAGAUUAUCGCCGCGUUAUACACCGUCUACAACACGAAUGAACUGUGUGCGAUACUAAAUAUGUGCCGGUUGUGAAGAAUGUGAAGUUAGCAGAGCAAUUGUUACUGAAUUUAGACGAUUUCACUACAAAUAAAGUUUGUUUAUCCCUCAAAAUAAUUGUUUUCGUAUGCAACAGUCGGCGCGAGUCGCCGCGCAGUACGUCGCGUUGGAACAUGACUACCGCCGCGUUAUACACCGUCUACAACAUGAGUCAACUGUGCGAUACUAUAUUUAUGCCAGUUGUGAAGUCAGCUGCUAAAAUAGCUAAAUAAAUUGUUUGUUUGUCGAUGAUUUCAUUUCAAAUAAAUAUUAUUUUUCGAUAACUGUGUUUUCGUAUUUAACAUAUUUUGGCGCCCCUUGCUGCGCAGUACGCCGCACUCCGCACUCGAGCUCAACUACCUCCGUGUCAUACAACACCACCUACAAUACUAGUGAAUUGUGUGCGCUACUAAAUAAUAUGUGCUUGCUUGUGAAGAAUGUGAAGUUACCAGAGAUUGUAUUGUUUUUCAGAUUAAUUAAAAUUUUCGCUAACAUUGUGUUUGUUGAUUUAAACUUGAUUUUUCGCUGAAUAUUGUUUUCGUAUUUUGCGAGCCUCGUUGCGUACGCCGCACUUGAGCUGGACUAUCGCCCCGCCAUACAUCGCCUACAACACGAAAUUAUGUAUGCGAAAUUACGAAACUUUUUCGAUGUUUACUUACAAUUAAAACAUUUUUUUUAUUUGGCACGUCGCGCCAUAAGUACCUAUCUAUAAUAUGCAUGAAGCAGUCAGUAUCGACUGCUUCAAGCUGCGACUGCAUAGUGUACUAUAGUCUUCUAUGUAUACACAUACACGGAACCACUCGAGCAGUUGCGACUGCUUUGGGCGGUUGCCAGCGCGGUGAAAUAGCAGCUUCAAUGUGACUAAAUACUCGAGCAGUCCAUGUAUGUUAAUCACUGGCAAUCUGCUCGAGCAGUCCUUGGAUGGUCGCUCUUAAUAAUAUAGAUAUUUUCCUUUUUCAGAAAUUUGCCUUUAAUAGUAAUUUUUUGAGCAGUAAUAUAUUUUCUUUUAAAGAAGGAAGUACUACACUUAGAAAUUCUGCGCAGACGAAUGUGUCGAAAUAAAAUUACAAAUAAAGUUUACGUCAUAGAUAAACUACUUUCACACAAAUUAUGAAGUACCUAACCAGUAAAGCCUUCUCACGAGUCACGUAGGGUUAAGGCAGAUCUCUUUAUAAGAAUUAAUGUCAUUUAAUGUAUAGUAUCCUAACACACUGAUCAUCCAGGUUCCUUCGCAAUAAUUUGCUUGGUAUGACCUCGGGAACUUAUCCAACAUUGUUCGUUUCAUUGGGUAUUACAAAUGUGAAUAAGUUUGUAAAAUGCCGCAGCAAAUUAAUGAAAGUUCAUAGUUCGGCUAUAUUUGCUAUAUCACGGCAAUCUUGAUGUUAUCAAACAUUGUAUUAGUCAUUUGUUAAUAAAUCUUGUAGAAAUGUUCUUCAAGUGAACCAAAAUUACUAGUCAAUUAAUUUUCCUUACUCGAUGGGAGCGUAAGAAACGCACAGAAAACUGAUUUUAUCAGAUAUCUACAUUAAAAUUUAACUUUGGCAUUUUAAACCGUAGUAGUAAAAUUGUUAUGUAAUUAGGUAUAUGAUAAUGUUCAAUUCAAUUUAUGAAUAAUAAUGUCUUAUAUUUUUGUGUAAGUAUUCAUCUGUUUUGCCAAUUUCGUUAUAUUAAGUAAACUUCCAUUUUAAACUUUGUUCUAGGUUUUUUAGAUUUAUGAUUUGGGCAGAAUAUAAUUGUUUUAUAUUUACUAAAUAUGGGUUUCUUCCCAAGAAGAACCUCAUCUCAUCAUCAUCAAACAACCUGUAUCGGACUCGAUAUUGUUACUCGACAUGUUAAAACAAUCUUAGUACUUAAUAUUUAUAAUAUUAUUCUUAUAUAUCUUUUUCCUUAUAACCAAAAUCAAUAUUUUAUAGAAUAUUAAUUUGGAACUUAUGAAAAUGAUUAAUUGAUGAUUUGGUAAUUGUAUUCCUUUGUGUAUUGUUGAAUGUAAAUUCGUGCAUCUUAGUGCCUUUCAAAUAUUAUGUAUGUUGGUUGAUAAAUCGCAGGCAACGAUAUUAAAUACCCUAGAU